AAUUGUUUUAUUUUGUUUUGAUCUUCAUCAAAUGAAAUUUGUAGUAUGAUUUUUUUUGAAAUUUUUAGAAAAUAAGGUGCAAAACAAAAAUAAUCCAUCAUGUCACGUAUUAUGAAAACAUUAGUUUAUAUUCGUGAUCGUAUAACAUUUUGGGCAAUCAAAACAACAAAUGAAAAAUAUGAUGAUGAUGAAGAUAAUAAUAAUAAUGAAGAUGAUGAUGAAGCAAUCGAUCUGGAUGAAAUAGAAUUUGAUGGUCGUGGUAUGCGUACCGAACGAAUUCUUCGGGCAAUCAUUCGUGUACCGAUACGAUGGUUUCAUUUAACCUAUCAUGCAAGAAAAUUAGAACGUACAAUGAAUAAAGAACAUCCUGAAUGUCCUGUACGUGUACGUGUUGUUGAUAGAUUGGUUGGCAAUAAUUUCAUUGAGAAUAUCUUCGAUACUGGUUUGAUGGUCAUUCCUUGUUUAUUUAUAUUCAGUUUUUUUCUUUGGGCAUUGUCACAAUUUGUUGCCCGAUCAUUUUUAGAACCAGCUUCUUAUGCUAUCGCAAUUAUUUCAGUAUUCAUAUUUUUUGCAUUCGGCAUUGUAUUUGUAUUUGCUGCAUUUUUUGGAUAUGAAUUUGAAUAUGUUGAUGGUAAAAAACAUCCAAGACGUAAACGUAAUCCACCAGAAUCCUAUCAGAAAAUGGCAUAAAAUUUAAAUUCGAUUAAUCAUUAGUUGCCAUACUAUUAUUAUUCGUCUGUCAAUCG